AUGGGGUGUAGGGAGAUUUAUGAAGGGGGAGGAUGGGGUUUUGGGCAGGAAGAUGGAAGGGGGUUUGAUCCUUUGAGCAGUCCAAAGGGCAUCUACGCAUCCUAUUUGGCUAUUUGCCUCUUCAUAGCUUUUCUUCUCCUUUCUAUUUCUAUUCGUUACAGUCCUAAUGUCCUGGUUGGCUUAAAGAAAUGUUUUCCAGUAAUUCUGAUGACAUGGCGCAGUAAUAAGCUGAUGUGGCCUUAUUUCUCCGUCCAUAAAAACAGUAAAGAUGCACCUGGACCUAUUAUUGGAUGGGCGAUGUUGAGACCCCUGGGUUACCGUAUUGCUAGCGGACCCCUCGGUGAGAUCACCGACCCACUCUACCCCGGUGGCAGCUUUGACCCAUUGGGCCUUGUUGACGACCUAGAGGCUUUCGCUGAGCUCAAGGUCAAGGAGAUCAAGAAUGGCAGACUUGUCAUGCUCUCCAUGUUUGGCUUCUUUGUUCAUGUCAUUGUUACGAGAAAGGGCCCAGUGGAGUUAGUGUGGGCAAGAGAUUGCCAAGCCUAG